AUGGGGUGCUUCCUUGCCUGCUUCGGCAUUUCCAAGAAGCGAAAGAGGCGAAGACUUUCCAACCGAGUUGCUGCAGCUGCUGGAGACUAUAGACGUGGGAGCUAUGUAGCAUUGAACUCAUCAUCUCUCGCACUAAUCGGACUUGAUGGUCCGAAAAAGAGUCCCAAUACUGAACAGCUUAGAGACAAGCCGAAAGAGGCGACGAAGAUCAGGAAGAAAGUCAGCUUCAAUCUGAAUGUCCAGACCUACGAGCCUGUUUUGAAGGACUAUGAGUUUGUGGAGAGUGAGGUGGAGGAAGAAGUUGACAACAAUGAACAGGAAGUGGCGAAAGGAAGGUCAUCCACUUCAGCAACUAAGAGGGCUUCAACUGCAUUGACAUCAUCAAUAGGACUUUUUCCUUCAAACUACAGGUACCAAAAUGUUCGAGACAGCUAUGACAGCUAUGAAGAAGAGGACAAUGUGGCAGAUGAAGACAGUGAAUUCGAUGACGAUGAUUACUAUGGUGAUGAUGACUACUGUGAUGGUGACAGCAGUGAUAUAGAUGAUCCAAGAAUGAGCCAAGAAGGGUAUCCUAAGCAAAGUUUCUCUUCAUCUAUAAAUGGAGAAUUGGAAUCGUGCCGGUGGAGUCUGAAUGUUGGCGAUAAUAUCCCAUAUGCACAUUCUGUUUUGAGUCCAAUUGAGAAUUUGAGUCAGUGGAAAGCAGCCAAAGCAAAAGUAGUAGCACCAAAGCAGCAAAAGGAGAAUGUUGCAUCAUUUCAAGAACCAAAAUUUCUAUACAGCAGAUCAAGUUGCAACCAGUCCAAACCUCUAUUGCAACAAAUCCCAGUCCAUGCCAGCUUUUCGAGUUGGGUAAGGGGAAAAUAA